AUGGCUGUUGAGAUCAAAUCAGCAGCAGUUAUUCUUGGAUGCUUAUUGUAUCACAUAGUUACGACUGAAAAUCUUCGGAUACAGCAAUUGUUUGCAAAUUUGUCUGAACAUCAUCUUACUGAUUCUUGUAAAAAUUCACUUCGAAAGAUAGAAUAUUAUUUUGCAUCUAAAAGAGAUGAGAAACUAUAUUACGACUCAUUUGGCUCAGGGAAAACCAAUGAAUUAGUGUCAAACGAUCGAUUUGUGACUAGAUCCAUUAAUUUGAGUUUUAAGUUUCAUCGUAUGCUGAAAUGUUUCAAGGCUUCCGGUGAUACCGAAUUUUCUAUUUCGGAUUAUCAUCUUCUAUAUUGCUAUGGUUCUGAUACGAAUAAUGGUAAUAAAGACAUAAAUACUUAUGAUAUAUGUGUACCAACUAUUUGCGUCACAGACCAUCUGAAGAUUCUUAAUGAAUGGAAAACUUUUUUAUCCAACGAUAGUACAUCAGACAUAAGAGAAGCUACUUGCGUUCCUUCCCGUCGCGAAAAACAAUGGUUUCAGCAAUUUCUUCCGAUCAUUUCAUUCUUUUAUAUACUUUUAUCACUAAAAUAUCGAAUAUUUUUGGCAUUUUCUGCGAAGAAAAAUAUAAACAAAUUAUUUGAAUUACCAAAAGAUUGUUGUUCGGUGAUCAGCUGUAUGUUUGGAAUACGUUUUUUAGCCAUAAUCUGGAUAAUCAUUGGACACACAUUUGCAUGGAUUCAGCCAUAUUUAUUGAAUGUCGAUGAAUUUAAGCAAAGCAUUGCACAAAACUUCUUAAAUCAAUGGAUUACAAAUUUCUUACUCACUGUUGACAUAUUUUUGGUACUCGGAGGAACAGUAAACGCGUACGGCUGGUUUAAUAGGAUGACAAAACCUGAUAAUCGUAAUCGCAUAGGAACACUAUCUUUUUGGAUUGCAUUUUAUCGCCACCGUUUGGUUCGUUUAUGGCCGGCAUACAUAUAUACUUUAUUUGGUGUAUUAUUUUUGUCAAACAUUCAUUUCCACGCUAUGUGGCCGGAAAUUGAUCCGGCGCUUCUUUGUCCUAAAUAUUGGUGGCAAAAUCUCUUGUACAUUAGUACUGAAUUUAUUUAUUACGCCAUAUCACCGAUAUUUUUAAUAAUAUUGCUUUGGUCAAGAAAGUUUGGCACAACCUUUAUUAUUGCAUGUAUUGCUAUUUCAGCUAUUCUCCGCGCAUUUGCAAUGGAAAUGUAUAAUUUACCACCUACCCAGCUUGGGUGGACCACACCACCUAUUUAUAAUAAAAGUUUCAUGGAACAUUAUUCACAAAUGUAUAUAAAACCGCAGUUUCGAAUCGGUCCUUAUUUAAUUGGCCUUUUGCUUGGAUACCAUUUAUCUCAAUUUCAUGGAAAAGCAACUAAUCAAUCAACUAAAUUUAUCAUAACUGGUUGGAUUACAUCAGGAUCUUUAAUAUUCUUCUCUAUUUAUGGAUUAUAUCCAAUAUCAAUGAGAUGGAAUUGGCCUUUAUACUAUUUAUUAUAUGGUGCAAUCCACCGAACAACUUUCGCAGUUGGAAUGGCAUGGAUAAUAUUUGUAUGCCAUACAGGCAAGGCCGAAUUCAUCAAUUCAUUUUUCAGCUUAAAAAUUUUUCUACCUCUUUCGUCUUUGAGCUACUCAGUUUAUCUAAGCCACAUGCCAGUUAUUUUUGGGUCUUUCAUGCAAAUGACCUUUCCCAUCAUCUUUUCAAGCAAUAUUAUUCUUAUCUGUCAUUGCCUUAUGUCACUUAUCUUAUCAUACAUUCUCGGACUGCAGUGCUCGUUACUCUCGGAAUUCCCUGCAAUGAAUAUUGAAAAAAUACUGUUUCAACCUUCAAGAAAUGAUGCUAAGAUUUAUGAAGACCAUCCUUUAUCGAUAAAACCUCAAUAA